GUUCCGUUCUUUCCAAGAUGGCGGAACUUUAGUUUAGGCAGGGUCCUGCCGCGUCAAGAUUUUAAAGGAAAAUAAAAUGCUUUAGUGUGUGUUUUAUGGGAUAUAUGUGUCCUUCUUUUUGCGAUCCGAGGAGCCCCCGGAGGAUGCGCUGCGCCUACCUUAAGCUGAAUGCAUUGUGAUUUCCAAUAAUUGAGACAGUGAUUCUGAAAGCUGUCUACAUUAAUGAAAAGAACAAUGUAGUCAGCUUAGCAUAUUCAACAGUGGUACAUGAUCAAUACAGAGAUGUGCUUCUGCAUGCGUUCUGGUACUAGAUAAGGACGUUUGUCUCCAAGUUAGACUCUUUUUAAACUCUGAAUUUGCAGUGAGUUCAGGCGUUAAGCUGUCACUAUAGCCACAAUGGAAGUAGAUGAUAUUUUGCCACCUCUCCCCUUGGAGCCACCUGACGAUUUUGGCCAAGAUGAGGGAAGAGCCCCUCCACCACCUCCCCUGCAAACGUCCAGUGACGCAGAGGUAAUGGACGUUAGCUCUGGUGGUGAUGGAUACAUCGACACCCCAGGGGACGGGGAGCCUAACUUCAGCUCAACAGUCUUCUGUAGCCACCAAUCAGACGGACCCACGCCCUUUCCACCGUGCCCCAGAACAGCCCGCCAUGCUCCCCCUGUCACCAAGUUCCUACCUGACCUGAAGCUGCUGAGGGAUGUUAAAAUUAGUGUCAGUUUUACUGAAAACAACAACAGCAGCAGCAGUAGUACGAGUAGCAGUAGCAAAGAAAGGAAGGUGCUAUACACCGGUGAAGAGAAGGAGGAAGGCACUGACUACAGUCUAGAGAUGCAGAACGGUGUGUUGCAUGACUCGCUAGCAGAUCAGCAGUUAAAUCAGACUAGCUCUGCACCAAGGAGCACAGAUGACAAACAAUUAGAUGAAGAAGAUCUUGAAAACAAAGUAGAAUUUGCCGUCUUGGAUGACCUGGCUGACCUUUAUGACAACUUCCUGGAUCCUGAGGAUGGAGAGAAUAGUGGAUUCAAAUCUGAAGCUAUAGCUCAACCCGAAGCCAUGGCCUAUGAUAUGGAUUUUGACAAUGAUGUUGACGCACUGCUGGAGGAGGGCAUGCCUGUUCCCAAAAAGAUGCGAAUGUUGGAGGACAAAUCUGAUGCCGACAGCGAUCAAGCAUCAGACGGUGAAGGAAACGUUCAGCCCAUGAUGACCAAAAUUAAGACGGUGCUGAAGAGUCGAGGGCGUCCACCCACUGAGCCGCUGCCAGACGGAUGGAUCAUGACAUUCCACAACUCUGGCAUUCCUGUGUACUUGCAUCGGGAGACCCGAGUGGUCACCUGGUCCAGGCCGUACUUCCUUGGUACCGGCAGUAUCCGGAAACACGACCCUCCCACCAGCAGCAUCCCUUGCCUUCAAUACAAGAAAAUGAAGGAGCAGGAAGAGAAGGAGAUGAACGGUGAAGUGACUUCGACAGAGUCUCCUGUGAAACCCAGUGAGGAGUCCAAUGGUGAAGCUGAGAGCUCUGACGCGGCUGUUCAGGAGCAGGAGGCUGCGCCCACAUCCAGUAAUGCCGAUGAGGGUUCUGAUGUGGUGGAUGCUGCUGGUGUGACCAAGCCCAAAAACACUCCUGCUUUUGAAACAGCUCAGGGGGCCCUCGGGCAAGUCAAGGCCAAGGUGGAGGUCUGCAAAGAUGAGUCUAUAGAACUUGAAGAUUUUCGUAAUUAUCUGGUGAAGCGCUUCGACUUUGAACAAGUGACAGUCAAGAAGUUUCGCACCUGGGCAGAGCGACGGCAGUUCAACCGAGACAUGAAGAGGAAGCAGGCAGAGUCAGAAAGACCCAUCCUGCCUGCCAAUCAGAAACUCAUCACGCUGUCAGUCCAAGAUGCUCCGACCAAAAAAGAAUUUGUCAUCAACCCAAACGGGAAGUCGGAAGUCUGCAUCUUGCAUGAAUAUAUGCAACGCGUGCUGAAGGUUCGCCCUGUUUACAACUUUUUUGAAUGUGAGAACCCAAGUGAACCCUUCGGAGCGUCGGUCAUUAUAGACGGCGUCACCUAUGGCACAGGGAUCGCGAGCAGCAAGAAACUUGCCAAGAAUAAAGCAGCGCGAGCCACACUGGAGAUCCUCAUCCCUGACUUCGUGAAGCAGACAGCCGAUGAGAAGCCUGUUGAAGCUGACGAACUUGAGUAUUUUAACCAUAUCAGUAUUGAAGACUCCAGAGUGUAUGAGCUGACCAACAAAGCUGGACUCCUCUCUCCUUAUCAGAUUCUUCACGAGUGCCUUAAAAGGAAUCAUGGAAUGGGGGACACCAACAUUAAGUUUGAGGUGAUCCCAGGGAAAAACCAGAAGAGUGAAUACGUGAUGACAUGUGGGAAGCACACAGUGCGUGGAUGGUGCAAGAACAAGAGGGUGGGGAAGCAACUGGCCUCACAGAAGAUCCUGCAGAUGCUUCACCCGCACGUCAAGAACUGGGGCUCGCUGCUGCGGAUGUACGGCAGGGAGAGCAACAAGAUGGUGAAGAAGGAGAGUUCCGACAAGAGCGUGAUCGAGCUCCAACAGUUUGCCAAAAAGAACAAGCCAAACCUGCACAUCUUGAACAAACUGCAGGAGGAAAUGAGGAAACUGGCCAAGCAGAGGGAGGAAACAAGGAAGAAACCCAAGAUGACCAUCAUGGAGUCGGCUCAGCCGGGGAGCGAACCCCUCUGCACUGUGGACGUUUGACCUCAAAUAAUGUAACCCUCUGUCUGCGCGUCGCUGACCUUAUCGAGCGCUCACCUCGAGAUUAUGAAGAAGACUUACUCUCCCCGGCUCUCAUGCGUCCUCAGCUUCAAUUUGUCUUUGUUUAAAAUAGAAGGAGCAAACUUGAUUCAUUCUGCACUUGUGUCCCUAGAUCACUGGAGGGAUAGUUUUAAGCAUUUAUUUCAGCUCCAUUGCACAGCGCCCUCUUCUGUCCACUUCAGUACUGACUCAUGUUUCUAUUCUGGUGAAGUCAUCUUGUUGCUGGAGUUGAUCCAUUUCACGAAGGGCUACGCGCAGCGCACACAAGCCCCCUGUACAAACUUAGCAUUUGUCCAUCCACAACAUAUUUGAAGACUCUGCAGCAUGAGCAGGGAAAUAAAACACGGGACUUUGUCUUUUCAAUUUUGUGGCCGUUAAAUGUGACGUUUUACUGAGUCAGAUUCUUUCCUUCGACAAGGUGAAAACAUGGAAACCAAAGCUUCUAUCGACGUUUGUGCUGCAACUGUACGCUAGGAAAAAAAACAGCAGUGUGUUCAAGUUGUUUUCUACACGACAUGAUCUGCGUAGUGACGAGAAUGUGCUUUAUUUAGUGUGUCUGUUCUGCUUUGUGCGUGCUCAAGUUGAAAUACUGCAUUUAUGUUUCUUCGCUGGAAUUGAAGUAAAUAUUGCAAACUGACUUCUGUGAUAUUUGUUAUGCAAAAUAAAAUGUCUUGACUAGAGGAUGUGUUACACUGGAAUGA